UUACAGACUCAACAUGGCAAUUUCGACUGUGUGGACAUGUAUAAGCAACCCGCUUUCGAUCAUCCGUUACUGAAGAAUCACACAAUUCAGAUGAGGCCCACUUCCUAUCCAGAGGGGAUGGGCAAUCAAGACCCUUCAAAUGCCAAUCUAGAGAUUGGGCUUAAGGAUGGUGGGUGUCCACUUGGGACCGUACCCAUUCGACGGACUAAAAUGCAAGAGUUAAUGAGUGCAAAAUCUCUCUCUCAUUUUGGUAGAAAAAAUCUGAAAAAUAGACGACUCUCCUCCACAGUUGGUCAUCAUCAUGCUAUUGCAAUGUUGUUUAGUCAGGUGUAUGGAACCCAAGCGACUAUGAAUGUGUGGAGCCCAGAACUUCAAGAUCAAUGGCAAUUCAGCCUGGCCCAGCUAUGGCUUCUCAACGGCCAUGAUGGUCAGCUCAAUAGCAUAGAGGCUGGAUGGCACGUAAGUUGCUGCAUCUACUAAUGAAAAAUAAGAAAAAAGUAAUUG